AUGGAAAAUCAAAUUGUCCAAGAACAAAAUGAUCUAUCAAUUAAAGAGAGCACAGCACAACCCAAUCCCCCAGUAGAAUUAGACAAAACUGACGAGAAAGAAAAUCCAAAUAAUACUGAAUUGCCUGAGAUGUCAAACCAAACUGCUGAUGCUAACUCAAUAAACAAUUCAUCAUUGAUAACAUCAUCUAUUACCACAAAAACAAAAUCACCAAAUAUUGAGGAGGGACAAUUUGAUAUUUUGUCAUUGGUGCCAACAAACGUUAUUCCAUGUAUUAAUCUUAAUGAUUUAGCAUUUAAAAAUGGAGUUAUGGAUGAAAGGCAAGUUGAUGAUAACGAACGUUAUAAUCUUUCACGAUCAGUAACACUUCGAAUUGAAACUGCAAUACAAAGAUUCAAAGAUACUCGUAAAUUUUCUUCAACUCGUAACCAAGUAUUUAGUUCUUAUCUUCGUUUUGGAGGAGUCAAGACAGGUCAAAAUUCAUUUUUAGGUCAACAGGAUAUCGAAGAUCCAGAAGCCACCAGUGAAGACAUUACUAUGAGAAAAUCAACAGACUUUAUUCAAGAUGAUGGCGAUGAAGAUGAGGAUGAAAUAAUAGUAGAUUUUACAUACGUAGUUAAGGCUUAUUUAUCUAGUUAUUUUAUCGAUAAAUCAGGCUAUGUGCAAUUAGAACAAUUUCGUGAAGCACCUUUAGUUGUGUCAUCAUUUUUAAAUUAUUUAGUUAGACAUAAUGUGUGCCCAGAAUACUCUGAGGAUAUAUCAAGGGCAAUGGAAUUUACUGAACGUGCUAAAAUAGAGUUGCCAAAUUGUAAAAGUCUAGCAUUGACCGCUUUUCACAAAUUUAAUAAGGCAUGUUCUAUAUUGUAUGGUGGUGAAUUAUAUGGUAUUUUCGAUGAUCCUUGGGAUUUAGAAAAUGUUAUAAAGUAUAUGAAAAUCUCUUUAAGUGAAGCCAAAGAAAUUAUUAAUAAAGCAUUUGGAGAAGAUGCUUUAAAAGAUGGAAAUCUUUACCGCGUUGAAUCAGCCACAAGAAAAGCACUUAAAGUGGAAAUAAUUGAUAUAGAAAAACUACCAGAAAAGAAAUCAAGCGAUCAAUCUUUAAAAGAUGAUAAAGAUUAUAAAAAAGUAGACGAAAAAGUCGAUAAGAAAGAUGAUGAUAUGAAAAAUGAUGAGAAGAAUGAUGAGAAGAAUGAUGAGAAAAAUGAAGAUAAAGUUGAUAAGAAUGUUGAAAAGACAGAUGAUGAUAUGAAAAUUGAAGAGAAUGAUGAAAAGAAAGUUGAUGAGAAAGUUGAAAAGAAAGUUGAUGAGAAAGUUGAUGAUGUGAAAAUCGAAGAGAAUGAUGAUAUGAAAGUUGAUGAGAAAAAUAAGAAGAAAAUUGACAAGAAAGUUGAUAUGGAAGUUGAUGAGAAAGUUAAAAAGGAAGUUGACGAGAAAGUCAACGAUGCGAAAGUUGAUGAAAAAGUCGAUGACGUGAAAAUUGAAGAGAAUGGUGAUAAGAAGGUUGAUAUGAAAGUUGAUAUGAAAGAUGAUAAUAAAGAUAAGAAAGAUGAUAAUGCAAUCAAUGAAGAUGACAAAGAUAAUAAAGGUGAUAAUCCAAUUAAUAAAAAUAAGAAAGAUGACGAGAAAGAUCAUAAGAACGAUUCAUCAUCAUCUGCGUCUAAUGAUGUCAACAAUACUAAAACAGCACCAAAAACCAAUGAUUCUUUAGAUGAUGAUAAAGAUAACAAAACCGAUGAUGGAAUAAAACUUUACAGAAUGACAGUUAGAACAUGCGAAGAACCAAUCGUAGAAACAUUUGAUGUUCAUAUUGAUUUUGAGACUUUGCAAUAUGCAAUGGUUGGAAUGACUGUAAUAGCUGAUUUUCAUCAAUUGUCAAAUGGGUGGUGGUAUUAUGAUAAUUAA